AUCAAGCAUUCACAAGUUCCACAUAUUUCUCCUUCAAAUAAUCUUCUAAAAGUACUUUCAAAAAGUAAUAAUAAUAAUAAUAAUAAUUUUGAAAAUCCCUUAUUUAUAUCUUCUAUUUCUGACCACCUUAAGGAUUCCAAAAACUGUCUUACUUUUUGGUAUCCUUAGUUUUUCUUUCUAUACUCUUUCAUCUCCUGAUCUUAUAACCAAAAUAACAUAAUUAUAAAGUCCUUUUAUCCAAAAAUGAGCUCCAAUAAUUAUGCUCUACCUUCUCUUCUUCUCCUCCUCCUCUUCUUCUUCUUAUCUAAUCAAGCUCAAGGUAUUCGCUUGGGAAAUGGAAUCAUGAUCAAGCUUGUUGGGCAACUAGCAAAAACCCUAGAAGAAGAAGUAGUGGAAGGUUUUAGGAAAACUACUAUUUGUGAAAAUGGGCAUUGUAAUUCAGGAAACAAUAGAAAACUUAUGACUGUGACUACACCACCAAUACCAUCAUCUCCAACUCCUUCUACAAGGAAUAAUGAAGAAGAAAAUUACAAAAAGGGGAACCCCAAGUCAUCAAAUAAAGAAGAAUCAUCAAGUGUGAAAAAGAAGGAUGAUUUGGAGAAUUCAGAGGCAGUUUCUAAAAACCUUGAGGCAGCCCUUGACCUUAUAGACAUUGCAGAAAUGGACUAUUCUCCAGCAAAACGAAAGCCUCCAAUACAUAACUAAACUAAUCCCAAAAUUAAAAAAAAAAAAAAAAAAAAAAAAAAAAAAAAAAAAGAGAGAGAGAGAGAGAGAGAGAGAGAGAGAGAGAGAGAGAGAGAGAGAGAGAAAACAACAACCAAACAAUAAAGUUUAUAUUUCAAAAAAAAAGAUCUAUAUAUUCAACAAAGGCGUAGAAAAAAAAAGAUAUAUAAUUUGGGAUAUAAAAGACAGCCUUACACAAAUGCUGCAGGUUUUUUAGGGUUUAGCUUAGGGAAACUGUCCUCUUGUACAAAGCAUUAUUAUUAAAAUGCUAUGUUAUUAUUAUAAUAAUAAUAAUAAUAAUUAUUAUUAUUA